UUUAAAUCGUCGCCAUUUUGUAAAAAAAAGAUUUUUUUUCCAAGGCACCGACCAUAGCGAAGCCUUUAAUAAUCAAGAAUUCCUUUAGGUUAUUUGUUUUAGAGCAUUACAAAAGUCUCCACACUGUCAACCAGUUCGCACUUUCUUUUUUUCAGUCCCCACUUCACCAGUUUAUAACUUAUAAAUUUUUUGAUUUUUUUUUCUAAUUUUUUCCUGUGUUCUAUAAACAUUAAUGAACAACUUGCAAAAAAAUAAAUACUAAAAAUGUUAAACUUCCUUUUUUAUCCUACUCGGAAAAACGCCUUAAAUUGAGGCAUCUACACCCAGAGAAAAAUGUUAUUUAAACUAAAUAUAUUUUAUUUCAGUUAAAUAAACUUAUAUUUGUCUCAAAACCAACUCAACAUAUUUUUUAGUAAUAUAAUAAAAAAAAAUUUUUUCUUUUAAACGAAAGUUAUUAUUUACUUAGAAAUGGCCCAAAAGUUCACUUUUCUCGAUUCUCUAUACACAUGAAUCAUAAAGUUUAACAUGGUUUAUUUUACACAAAGCCUACACUGAGAAAAAUAAACAUAACUGAGUGCUGUCCGGACAGGACUGGUCCCUGUCCAAAAUUUUUUUUUCAUUUAGACAGUACUCUUUGCUUUCUGGACAGGAAUGAUUCCUGUCCAGAAUGGACUGAGUAAUGUCUUAGACAUUAAUGAAGAAGACAGAUGUGAACGAUGUCUGGACAGGAACCACUCCUGUCCAGACAUUAAUGACAACUCGCCGCGUUUAAAUAAAUCUGUAUACUUAUUUGUAGUGUUCGAAAAAAUCCAACCUUAAAUAAUCUCUGAUUUUAUUCUAUACAAAAAAAACUUUAUAACUUCUAUGAAUAUCACCUUAUAAUAAUUAAAAAAAUGAAUGCUGAAAUUUCGCAAUAGUUUUCAAAGGUUAUUAUGACAGUUGUUUAAAGUGUAAAUAUGGAGUCCCAGGAAUUUCUUCUGAGAUUUUGACUCAACUGUCGGUGGAAUGUGCGACCAUUUUCAAGCAGGUCCCAGGAGUAUUUUACACAGCAACGAAGACAGUCAAAAUUGGUGGUGUAUCAAAAAAAAUUCGAGCUUCUGGACGAUUCAUGAAUCGCAUAAAUUAUUUGAGAACUCUUCUCGCUGAAGAUGGCUUAUUAGUAAAAGCAACCUUAGAAGAAGUUAAUGUCGAUGUUGAUGCUGAUAAACAACCUGAUACAGUUGAUGAAUUACUGCAACUGAUUAAAGCACCUUGUGAAAAUGGACUUGAUUGGGAUGUACUCAAAAAUGCUUGGCAGAAAACAUUUUUUGCACGUCGUGAGAUGUCAAAACAAAGUUUAAACGGAGCAUUAUGGCAGUGGGAAAAGUUGCCUUGUCUUGCAAAACAUCGUGAUUUGAUACUGUUGGACUUCGAAAAAUACUACGAAACUUCAAUAAGCAUUGUAGAAACUUGGACACAAUUUCGAGACGCUUUAGUCAAAUUCAUUAGUUCACGACGUCUUGAUGAUGAAUUACAAGAGCUGUUCAAUAAUAUUGAAUCGUUAACUGAUGAUCAGAAAGACACAGUUCUGAUAACCAUUUUUCCGACAGCAAUCGUUGCCCUAUUAAAGCCAAAUUCAAACAGAAAACCAAAGCGAUUGAAACUUGACACAGACGAAGAAAAAAAGAUCAAACUUGCUGAUCGAGAAACGUUCAUCUCAAAUGUAGCGGUUGAUGAAGACGUAGAUUCAUUCGUGGAAAGGAAAUUACAACAAACCCCCCAAGAACAAGGACCUUAUGUCGUCAUCACUGGCAAUCUCAAAGAUCCAAAAACAAUAUACUUAAUCGUCAGAACUGUGAAAUACGAUUGUAAAUCUAUACCUGAAGCUUUCGAUUUGGCUGUAAAAAUUUAUUUGGCAUACCGGAUUCCGUAUCCAACCAAAAGUUCUCACGCAUGGGUUCUUGUGCAGAAAAUUAUUUUGCGAAUCAAUAAGCCCGACGAUAAGUUGCUUCAAGUAACUAAAAAAGCAUUGUCUUUCUUCGUGAAUGAACUGAAACUUCCCGGCGAGUAA